AUGUCUGAACCAAUCCCGUCGCCGCCAUCCUAUCCCAUCAUCGGGCAUGCAGGUACUGGUGUCUAUGACCCAGUCGCGAGCGCCAAAUCCCGUCGUCAGCUCAGGGAGAAGUACGGCAGCAUCUAUCGUCUCAAUUUUUUCGGUCGCGAGAUCAUCUUCUGCUCCUCUCAGGAGAUUGUGAAUGAGCUGUGUGACGAGUCGAGGUUCCAGAAGGAAGUUGCUGGAGGUCCCCUCGAAGAAGUUAGGAAUGGGAUUCACGACGGUCUCUUCACGGCGUUUGGUACUGAAGAGAACUGGGGCAUCGCUCAUCGAGUCCUUCUUCCUGGAUUCGGGCCUGCUCAAAUCCAAGGCAUGUUCCUCGCGAUGCUUGAUAUCAACGCCCAGCUCCUGCUCAAAUGGGAGCGGUUCGGCCCCGACCACGUCAUCACCCCAACGGAGGACUUCACCCGUCUUGCCUUCGACACCAUCGCGCUAAGCAUGAUGUCGCACCGGUUCAACUCGUUCUACAUGGAGGAGAUGCCGCCUUUCUGUCAAGCGAUGACGCGGUUCUUGAUUGAGAGCGGAGUUAGGAACCAGCGACCGAGCAUGAUUCAGAAUCUCAUGAGGGCUGAGAAUGCUCAGUAUGAGGCUGAUAUUAAGUUCAUGGCAGACGUUUGUGAUCAGCGUAAGCACUCUCGUGAAAAACGUGGAAAGAGUCUCAUGGUACUCGUAGUCGUUCAGAACCGGAAGAGUCACCCGACGAGCAAGAAAGAUCUCCUCACGCUGAUGCUAGAAGGCAGAGAUCCCAAGACUGGACGUGGUAUGAGCGAAGCGAAUAUUCGCAAUAACCUCAUUACGAUGCUCAUUGCCGGCCAUGAGACGACUUCCGGUCUUCUAUCCUACACGCUGUUUCACCUCCUUUCCAACCCAUCUACGUACUCAAAACUGCAGGCGGAGGUUGACGCCAUUGUUGGGAAGGACGCGCUGCAGUUGGCUCACGUCCCCAAACUGGAAUACACCCAAGCCGUUCUGCGGGAAAGUAUUCGUCUGAAUCCUCCUGCAGGGAUGAUCUCCGUUUCACCGGUCGAGGAUACUGUCAUUGCUGGAAAGUAUGCAGUCAAGAAGGGCGCCAUGCUCGCAGUCGAUAUCGCCGGGCUGCAUAGAGAUCCCGCAGCUUGGGGGGACGAUGUUGAGGAGUUCAAGCCGGAAAGGAUGAUGAGCCCUCAUUUCGAGGCGCUUCCGGUAAUUUUCCUAGUCUGUGUUCCUCCCGAUCGUCACUUACGUGGCUUUUCCUUCCAGCCAAACUGUUGGAAACCCUUCGGCAACGGCUCUCGCGGGUGUAUCGGUCGCCCUCUCGCUUGGCAAGAGUCUGUCAUGAUGCUCGCCACGCUGUUCCAGCACUUCGACAUCAAAUUCGACGACCCAUCGUACAAGCUCCGCGUCAAGCAGACGCUCACUACUAAGCCUGAAGGGUUCCAAAUUCGUACAAUCCCGAGGAAGGAUGCUCCGCCUAUCGUCGGUGCCGGGGUGGUUGCUUGA